AUGUGGGUAAUUGCGGGUGAUUUCAACCUCAUUCUCAAUGCGUCGGACAAGAACUCGGGUAACAUCAACCGGAGGAACAUCCGAAGGUUCAGGCGGUUUGUUAAUGAUAUGCAGCUCAAGGACGUUUAUCUGCACGGACGGCGUUAUACUUGGAGCAACGAGCGCGAGACUCCGACUCUGGCGCGGCUUGACCGUGUCCUGGUCUCCACCGAUUGGGAUGCGCAUUAUAGCUUCGCGUUCCUACAAGCUCUCUCCUCUGGCGCCUCCGACCACUGCCCGCUCCACUUGGCGACUAAUGCCUACUUCCCUUCUAAACGCCAGUUUCACUUUGAGCCCUGGUGGAUUGCUCUGCUGGGCUUCUCUGAAACUGUUGCGGGAGCCUGGUCCUCGACCUGUCCCUCCACGGACCCUUUUGUCCGUCUAGACCACAAGCUCAAAUGCACAGCCAAAUCCUUGCAACGCUGGAGCUCUAAGAAGGUGGGGCAGAUCCGCGCCCAACUGCUGGUGGCGAAGGCGGUGGUUCUCUGGCUCGACAAGGCCCAGGAGCUUCGCACGCUGACUGCAGAGGAGCGGAGCCUUAGGACGCGGCUCAAGUACAAAACCCUCGGGCUAUCCUCCCUCGAGCGCAAUAUGAAGGGACUGCGGGAGUGGAUCUUGCUGCCUUGGGCUUCCAGGCAGCUGACCUGCAUCACCUCGAUGCCCCCUUCUCCGAAGACGAGAUCUGGAGUACCAUCAAAGAGCUUCCCGCUGAGCGUGCCCCGGGCCCGGAUGGGUUCACGGCCGAAUUUUAUCAGGCGACCUGGACGGUUAUCAAGUGUGACAUCACUGCUUGUUUCAAUGCGUUCUUCCGACGAGCUUGCGCCUGGCCGUCUCAACACCGCUCUCAUCACGCUCGUGCCUAAAAAAUGGGAUGCGGCGUCUUUGGCUGAUUACCGCCCAAUCAGUCUGGUCCACAACUUCGCAAAAUUGGUCGCUAAGCUGCUCUCCAAUCGGCUUGCGCCCGAACUGCACAGACUAGUCGACGUCAACCAGAGCGCCUUCAUCAAGACUCGCUCCAUCCAUGAUAACUUCAAGUUCGUUGAACUCGCGGCCAAGAGCCUGCAUAGGAAACGGAAGCCCAACCUGCUUAUCAAAUUAGACAUUUCGAAAGCCUUCGAUACCGUCUCCUGGCCCUUCCUCUUGCAGGUGCUCCAGGCGUGUGGCUUUGGGGGUAAAUGGCGAGAGUGGAUUGCGAUCCUUGUGUCCACAGCCUCAACUCGAGUUCUCCUCAACGGAACCCCUGGAAGAUCCAUCCGGAAUGCUAGGGGAUUACGGCAAGGAGACCCCCUUUCCCCUAUGUUGUUCAUCCUUGUUAUGGAGGUCCUUCACCGCCUAUUGGCUACGGCUGCCCAGCAGGGGGUGCUCUCCUCCCCAGCUAACUGUGGGAUACACCACCAAUGCUCACUGUAUGCUGACGACGUUGUCAUCUUCGCGACGCCGCGCGUCCAAGACGUCAUCACGAUCAAGACUGUGCUUGACUUCUUUGGCCAAGUCUCUGGCCUCCGGACAAACUUCCACAAAAGUCAGCUGGCGCCGAUCUACUGUACUGACGAGCAAAUUUCCAGAAUUAGGGACAUUCUUCAUGCACAGAUUGCUACAUUCCCCAUCCAGUACCUUGGAUUACCUCUAUCGGUGGGGCGCUUGAAGAAAUCCCAUUUCCAACCCCUUAUUGAUAAAGUUGCUAGCAAGAUCCCUGUGACAACUGCCAAUUUAGUCAUCUAA